AUGGUGGAUCCCACUUUUGCAAUAAAGCUUUCGCGGACAAGCGGGCAAGUUGAAGUAUCCAAUAGGGAGAUCAAGAGUAUUCUAGCAAAGACAGUGAAUGCGAAUAGAACUGAUUGGGCCCGCAAGCUCGAUGAUGCUCUAUGGGCAUACCGGACGGCUUUCAAGACUCCGAUUGGAACUUCACCCUUCAAGCUUGUGUUCGGAAAAGCUUGUCACUUGCCGGUUGAACUUGAGCACAAGGCCAUGUGGGCUUUGAAGAAAUUGAAUAUGGAUUGGGAAGAAGCGACCAAGCUCAGGUUGUUUCAACUAAAUGAGAUGGAUGAGUUUUGGUACCAGUUGCUACCUGGUAAGCUUAAAUCAAGGUGGUCUGGGCCGUUUGAGGUGGUAGGUGUUUCACCCCAUGGAGCGAUUGAGUUAAAGUCCGGAGAUGGAACUCGGACAUUUAAGGUGAAUGGGCAGAGAUUGAAGCACUACCACGAGAUGGUUUCGGAGGAUAGGAUUGUUGAUCGAUACAGGUUGAAGCACCUCGAAACGAACGAUGAUCUGGUGCACACUGAUAAGGAGUGA